GCAGAACGACUACUUUUGACCACACUGCGCAUGUGCAGUGUGUUUGUACCGCGUUAAAUGGCUUUAAAAAUAACUUCUAGACUCUUUGGACUGACUCACCGGGUCGUUUCCUGCCAUACCGCCUCCUCCAGCUGCAGCGGACGGUUUAAAGUCCAACAUGACCGACAGAACCGACGCUUCACGGUCACUACGGGCAGCAGCGGCGAAGGGGACAGUGAAUGCGCCGUGCUGUGCUACAGGUUCACCGGGCAGAAGGAGGUGGACCUGAUGUCCACAUUCGUUCCUGAAACGUUUCGAGGCCAAGGCAUUGCUGCUGCCCUGUCCCAGGCAGCCCUGGACUUCCUGCUGGAGGAGAAGCUAAAGGCUCGAGUCUCCUGCUGGUACAUAAAGAAAUACAUUGAUGAGCAGCCGGAGCAGCAGCAGUAUAAAGACUUCAUUAUCUCCUGACUGCAGCCGAUUACUCCAACAAUCACUUCAUAAUCUGCACUUCAAGUGAGAUCUGAAUCAACUCUUCAGGACCAGUAAUGUGUUGAAGCAUAUUUAGAAAAUCUCUGCAAUUCUUUUCUAAUUUAUUCAAAUAUUUAUACAAUUUAUUCUUGUUUGUAAGAUUAAAAUUAAUUAAAAACACAAAAUCAAAGCACAUUUUCAUUAUUAGAGGCAGAAAUGAUUUGCUAAAACCAACAGGAAGUGCAGCUGUUGUCACUUUUCAUGUAAAGGAAAAUGGCCGCCCCUUACUAAAGCUUUCACAUCGCAUAAAACUAAACUAAAAGUUUCUGGUCUGAUUUUAUAUAACAAACCAGCACAAUGUAGAGCAUAAUUAUAAACUUACUGUUUUCAACAUUUACAACUAAGAACUUGAAUAGUGUGACAUAAAAAUACAUGUAGCUCCUUUACUCUGAUGCCCCUAAAUAAAACCCAGAAGUCAUGAAAUGAGUAAAAAGGGAGAAGGAGCCAAACCCUGUGAAACAUGGCGGUGGAUGCAUCAUGCUGUGGGAUGUUUUUCUAAAAGUAAUGCAGCUCAACAGAAAGUCACUCCACACUUUUCAGAUUGGAUAAAAACAUUUGUGGCGUUUGGGGGAAAUGUUACACAGGAGCUCGAUGGAUUCAACAUGUUGGAAUGAAGCUAAACUUUUUAUUUACGGUGCUGCUGUGAAAAAACUAAAACAAACUCCCUCCUGCUA